CCAAUCCCAAAUAAGAGUGUCCAUUAAGUGAAAAUUAAUUACCAAUUUUCGUUGCGCUCGGAAAAGAAAAAAGAAGAAAAAAAAGCAAGGAUUGCAGGAUGAAGUGUCCGUCUAUGAAUUGUGCAUCAACAAUCUGAUACUUAUUGUUGAUAUACUUGUCAAGUGUCUCGUGAUAAUGGCUAAAUCAGGUGCAAUGACCUCGCCUUAGUCACAGCCAUCACUGGCCAUCCAUGUCCAACAAGAAAAUAUAAACCCCACACAUCCCCAUGACUCAAUUACCUAUCUCCGCAAACUCACCGACUCCCUCUCAGCUUUCAAAAACUGCUUCACUGAACUACACCAACACAUUGAUUCCAUUCCGGCCACAAUUCACUCUAUACUUCCCUCACAUACAAACAACCAAUACCACUCUUCUGCCCACCUCAUCACCAGUCCCUGCCCCGGAACCAGAACCAGAAACAUCUUGGGAAUCUGAUCCCUCUGAAGAAGAAGAAGAAGAAGAAGAAGAAGAAGAAGAAGAAGAAGAAGAAGAAGAAGAAGAAGAAGAAGAAGUGCAAUCCCCUCACAAUGAAGAAGAAGUGCAGUCCCCUCACAAUGAACAACAAGUGCAAUCCCUUCAUCCUUCAUCCCCUCUGGAAAGCCUCUGCCAAGCGUCCAACGGUCAUUUUCUUCGGAGGUGCAUAGCAAUGCAACUCUCAGAUAUGAAUAAAAUGCUCGAACAACUCCCUAAGGCAUUAAGACUCGCGCCCAAUCCAGCAAGGCUUGUAUUGGAAUGUAUGGGCAAGUUUUAUUUUCAAUCGAGCAGCUCUUAUACUAAAGGCUCACACAUUGUCAAGGCAAGGAAGGCUUCUAUAUUAGUUUUAGAGUGUUUCUUGAUUGAUGGAGUUGAGAUUGAGAAAGGGGUGAAAGAAGAGGCUGAGAAAGCAGCUUUAGCAUGGAGAAAAAGAUUGAUCGUCGAAGGAGGUGUACCAAAGGCUUAUGAAAUAGAUGCACGGGGUUUGUUGUUGCUUAUUGGGUGUUUCGGGAUUCCAGGAGGAUUUACAAAUGAGCAUAUCAGGGAUUUGCUUCUGGCAAGUCACAUCAAGAAGAUUUCUGGUGCCUUCAGGAGAUCAAAUGUUCUCGUGCCUAAGAUUCCAGAAAUAAUUGAGGGGUUGGUAAAGCAAAAUAUGGAAGUUGACGCUGUUCAUAUUGCCUAUACUUUUGGAAUUGAGGACAGAUUUAAUCCUCGGAGACUUUUGACAUCAUUUUUACAAGACUCCAAAGAGUCCAUGAAGGAAAUGAAGGAAAAACCACAAGGUUCACUUGCUGCUGUGGUAAUUCUUCAAUUUCAUUCCAGCACUGAUAGCCCUCCGUCUCUGAUUUCUCUCCCGGUCUCCUCAAGUUAAAUGCAUUUUUUAUGUUGUACAAAAUGAAGCAAAAAGGAAGCAUUUGUUUGCUCUGACAUCUGUCAUCAAAUGUUUGAAACGCCACGAUAUUGAUCCUUCAUAACUUCUUCUUGAGUGGAAAAUCGAUGAGAAAAUAAUGAACUUGGAGAAAGAAAUUGCUGGGCUCAAUGAGCAGAUCGGUAAAAGGACGGCACAAAAGAGAAAAAUUGAUGAAACUGAGUCGUCUAGAAGGCCGUCUAGAAGGUUCAGAAACAAAGAAGCACAACACUCAUGUAUUCCGCCAUGGCUACGACACCAAAGAGUUGAUGAUCAUGUCGAUAUCAACAACACCUUGCUAGAAGGUCGAACUACUGGCCGUCUUGCUGUGUCCUCAUCACUAUUGCAUGGACCUGCUGCAGGCUCAACAACAACAACAACAACAACCCAGUGAAAUCCCACAUCGUAGGGUCU